AUGGCGGGGACGGUAUCUCGCGCUUUCCUGCUUAUUGCCGUCGUCCUGACGGCCCAGCUGUGCCGGUGCACGGCGUACGCCGGCGGCGGGUUUAGCGUGGAGUUCAUCCACCGUGACUCUGUCAAGUCGCCGUUCCACGACCCGUCGCUUAGCGCGCCGGAACGCAUGCUCGCUGCCGCGCGACGAUCCACGGCGCGCGCCGCGGCGCUCACACGCUCCUUCGCCGCUGGCGGCUCCCCUGACGGCGCCGUCUCUGAGGUCAUCGGCAGGCCAUUUGAGUACCUCAUGUACGUCAACGUCGGCACCCCACCCACUCGCAUGCUCGCCCUGGCCGACACCGGCAGCGACCUCGUCUGGCUACGUUGCAGCAACGGCACCAACGCCCAACCUCCGAACGUCCUGUUCCACCCGUCCAACUCUUCCACGUUCCGCCGCGUGGGAUGCGACUCCGCCGCGUGCCACGCGCUCGCCGGCACCUCCUGCGGCACCGACCGUUCCAUCUGCAAGUACGACUACAAAUACGGCGAGGGCUCCGAAACCAUCGGCGUCCUCUCCACCGAGACCUUCACCUUCGACGACGCCCCCGGCAGCCGCGAUCGCCCGCAGCUGCGGGUGGCAAACGUGAACUUCGGCUGCACCACGUCCACAUCCGGCGUGUUCGCGGCCGACGGUAUCGUCGGCCUCGGCGACGGAACCAUGUCCCUCGUCUCCCAGAUCGGCGCCGACACAAAGCUCGGAACGAGGUUCUCCUACUGCCUCGCGCCGUUCUCCGCGCAGAACGCCGCCUCCGCGCUCAACUUCGGCGCCCGCGCCGCCGUGACGGAGCCGGGCGCGGUCACCGCCGUGCUGUUCCGCUCCCGCGGGGACGCCUUCCACAUCAUCGCGCUCGAGGACAUCAAGAUCGGGAACGUCAACUUCACGCUUCCCAACCUGAACCGGUACGAGGUCGCCCUCGACACCGGCUCGAUGCUGACGUACCUCGCAAGGGUGCUGCUGGACCCGAUGGUGGCGGAGCUCAAACGGCGGAUCAAUCUCCCGACGGUGCCGUCGCCGGAUCGUAUGCUGCAGCUGUGCUACGACGUGAGAGACGCGAACCGUAGGUCCCUGUUCGAGAAGAACGUGCCGGACAUUACGUUGCAGCUGAUCGGCCCAGGCGCGCCGGAGCUGACGCUGAAGGCGGAGAACAUGUUCAUGGAGUUCAAGCAGGGGGUUAAGUGCUUGGCGGUGGCGCGGGUGACGGAUGAGCAGCCGCUGGCAGUCAUCGGGUGCAUCGCGCAGCAGAACUUGCACAUCGGCUAUGACCUCGACAAGGGCACCGUCACCUUGGCCAACGCCAACUGCGCGAGCUCCUACCAGUCCCCAUCCGCAUCUGUGUAG